GAAACUUUUGAAACUCAUCUUGGUUCUAUCAUUUUUCCACUUUUGGAGACCUUGGUAAAUGAUCUUACCAUUCAAAAUCCCGUGGUGACUGAUAUUGGACUUAAAAGAGAAACACUUAAGGUUGUCUCGUCAAUCUGUGUCGGCUGUCCUCGCCUCAUUAAGACAGCCUUGCCCGAUGGACCUACACGCAUUGCCGCAGUCAUGUUGCAUUUACUCACACAUGCCGUUCAAUCGUGGCUUAGUAGUCAGGUGCAUUGUUGCGGAAGCGAAGGUGGAAACUUGUGCACCGAAUUGCAGAGUGAGAUAGUCGACUCUGAUGGUUGA